AUGGGCAAUCUACCUUUGCCCAGAAUAUCUCAAGUAAAGCCCUUAUUGCAUUCCGGUGUUGACUACGGAGGUCCUUUCACAAUAUUCAUGAGUCGAUAUCGAGGCGCCAAGAAAUGUAAAUCUUACAUAUGUUUAUUUGUUUGCAUGUCAACUAAGGCCAUGCAUCUGGAAUUGGCCUCGGAUUUGAGCAGUGAUGCAUUUUUGGCAUGUUUGAGAAGAUUUGUCUCGCGGCGAGGUCGAUGCGCGCAUCUCUAUUCCGAUCAGGGUACUAAUUUCGUGGGAUCCAGCAACGAAAUUAAAAAUAUGCUUAGGGAUACAGCGAGUGCUGAAACUAUCGAACAUCACUUCCUCCCGGGUAACGCACCCCAUAUGGGUGGACUGUGGGAGUCAGGAAUUAAAGCGGUGAAAACACAUUUGAAGAGGGUAAUCGGUGAACAAGUUCUCACCUACGAAGAAUUUUACACUGUUUUAACGCAGAUCGAAGCAGUGCUGAAUUCACGGCCUCUCACCCCCCUCAGUUCGGACGUGAAUGAUUUGUCGGUAUUAACGGCGGGUCACUUUUUAACGCUGGAACCAUUGAGCGCCAUUCCAGAUCAAGAGCUUACGAAUGUGCCAAUGCCUCGCCUCAAACGAUGGCAAUUAAUACAGCGACUACAUCAAGAUUUUUGGCGGAGAUGGAAAGUAGAGUAUUUACAUACCCUACAACAACGCAGUAAGUGGCUCACUUCAUUCCCCCCUCCAGCGAUAGGGACUUUGGUCCUCAUUAAAAGUGACAAUGCACCCCCAUUACAAUGGGAGAUGGGACGUAUUAUGAAAGACCAUCCUGGAUUAGAUAACGUAGUCCGAGUUGCUACGGUGAAAACACGACGCGGUACCUUGAAAAGACCGCUUCUUAAGUUAUGCCCGUUGCCCAUUGAUGAUGUAAAAGCUUGA